UCCUCAGUAUCCACAUAGCCGUGGUGGUGGCAGCAGCAGUAUUACCAGUAGUAGUAAUAGAAGUGGCAGAUACAAUUUUCUUAACAACCCUUUAACAAUUCCAGUAACGAGAUAAUUGUUUAUGAUUUAAUUUUGUUUUGUUUGUUUUCAUUCAAUAAUGGAGUUACAAAGAGGAUUUUUUUGUUUGUUCCUGCUUUUCUUUUGUUUUCUGGAGGCUGCCUCACGCCGGGGACGAAGGCGGGACCAGCUAGACACCUUACACAGACAGAUACGCGCCCUGGAGGAGACCCAGGAAGAGGUGCGCGGGGACCUGGCCACGCUGCAGGGUCACAUGAAGGCCCUGAAGGAGGUACGGGGUGAUCUAAGGGAGCUACAGGCUGGUGUGGACGCCCUAACUUCGCUGGUUGAAGCCUCCAUGCCUGAGGAUUGCUGGGCGGCCAAAACACGUGGCUCUACUAAGAAGAUUGUCGCGGUGAAGCCUCCUGGACUGGCGCCGCGGGAGGUGGUAUGUGAGCAGGUCCGAGAGGGGGGCGGUUGGACGGUGAUGCUGGCCAGACACCCGACACACGAGAAUCACGUAUUGAGGGAGAACUUCAAUAAGACGUGGAAGGAGUACCGGGAGGGCUUUGGUGACCUGCGCGGGGAGUUUUGGAUAGGUAACGAAGUGGUUCACGCCCUCACCAACCAGACUCCUCACCAGCUGUACGUCUUACUUGAGGAUUGGGAUGGGAAUAUUGCUGAGGGAAUGUGGAACAGUUUCAAGAUAGCGGGUGAGGCAGAGAGCUACCAGCUGAGCGUGGAGGGGUACCAGACGGCCAAGAGCACCACAGGGGACUCCUUCGGCUACCACCACCACCGCCGACCCUUCUCCACCUACGACAAAGACAACGACACGGAUGACCACGAACACUGUGCCAAGCGUUACGGGGGCGGGUGGUGGUACUUCCAAUGCCACUUGUCUCACCUGACGGGCGCCGCGCUACCCAGUCGAGAGGGAGGGCCUCAUGCCAUCACGUGGGACACCUGGAAAGAAACUCAGGGGCUGCAGAGCGCCUACAUGGCCAUCCGUCCACUGCCACCAAUGAGGCAGAGUUUUGAAACACCUGCUUCCUACCGCCGCUCCCCUAGAUCUGCCUGGCCUUGAGAGAGAGAGAGAGAGAGAGAGAGGAGAGAGAGAGAGAGAGAGAGAGAGAGAGAGAUUCAGAUUUUUCAGAUUCAGAUUUGUUUAUUAUCCACCAAAGUGGUUAUUACUCAGGUUACAAUAGAUAUUUAGUAAUUACGAUAGACACAUCAAUCACAAUACAUUCAGAUACAUAAGUCUCUUACAACUAUUAUAUAUUAAUGUAAAAGAUUUGAAUAAAUUGUUUACCAUUAAAUCCCAAAGGUAAAAAGUCACAAUAAAAGAAACACACAUACUACACAUGCACAAAAACAUACAUAUAAAAUAAAAAUAAAAAUAAAAUAAAAAUACAAUAAAAUAAGAUAAAAGUAUAAAAUAGAGAUAUAUUAGCGAGUAAAAUUUUCUUGAAAAGAUGACUAUAAAAUCCUCAGUCUGGCUUUAAACAUUAUCUGUUAGCAGAAAUUUCUCAAUUCUAGCCUUAAAAGUGUUAAGAGAGGGUGCCUGGGUUAGGCGAGGUGGGAGCGCGUUCCACAGCUUGGCUCCUCGUACAGCAGUGCGCCUGUCUCCACUGUGUGUUUUUGUGUGAGAGAGAGAGAGUUCUUUUGUUAUUAUAUUUCCUUGUUCUUAUUUAAUAACAGCAAAGUGAGGGUAAGUUUUUUUUUUGUUCUUAUUUAAUAACAGCAAAGUGAAGGUAAGUCCCCCCUGGCGGCAAUACAGCAACUUUUCAUGGGUAAUGGAGUGGUGACGAAAAUGUGAAGAAUUCUGCUAAUGAAGAAGACAUUGCAGUACCUGGCAUUACGAUUUAUGUUGACUUGGUCUUAGUAUGUAAAGCUGUAAAGUUAACGUAUUAUUAUUAAUGAUAAAGUUAAAUCAAUUAAGAAAUAUGUAUCUUAGUGUGUGGCAAGCCAGGCGUGUUUCCACGGGCAUGCUUCAGGACACCGCCACGCAGCAGCCCCAUCACCGCUCACCGCGUGCCCAGGCAUAUCAAUAGUGACAUUCUGUGAAAGGGGUAACACGCUUAAUGUGCCACUUUAAAACGCUAACACGAUGAAAAGUUUGGGACCCACUGUGUGUGUGUGUGUGUGUGUGUGUGUGUGUGUGGCCUAUAUAAUACAAUAAUUUACGUAGUAUAUUCCUUCUGUAAUAAACCAAUAAACAAAAUAAAUUA